AGGCAGACCCGGAAGACAGGGGCGCUUACGCAGCAAGCAAAACCGCUGCGACUCAGGGACUGGCUCUCUGGGCAGACGUCACUCAAGUCAAUUCGGCUCCGCCUCUCUCAAGAUGGCGAUGCGCUCAAUGCGGAAGGCGCGUGGGUGCUGGAGCUUCAUCCGGGCACUUCAUAAAGGACCCGAAGCUGCUCAGACUCCCCAGAAAGAUGCUGUGAAGCGAGUAUUCUCUGGCAUUCAGCCUACAGGAAUCCCCCACCUCGGCAAUUACCUGGGAGCCAUUGAGACCUGGGUGAGGUUGCAGGAAGAACAUGGCUCGGUGCUGUACAGCAUCGUUGACCUACACUCCAUCACUAUCCCCCAGGAGCCGGCCGUCCUUCAGCAGAGCAUCUUGGACAUGACUGCUAUUCUUCUCGCCUGUGGCAUAAACCCAGAGAAGAGCAUCCUUUUCCAACAAUCUCAGGUGUCUGAACACACACAGUUAAGUUGGAUCCUCACCUGCAUGGUCAGAUUACCCCGGUUACAGCAUUUACACCAAUGGAAGGUGAAGAUUGCCACACAGAAGCAUGGCGGGACCGUGGGCCUGCUUACGUACCCGGUGCUCCAGGCAGCCGACAUCCUGUUGUACAAGUCCACACACGUUCCUGUCGGGGAGGAUCAAGUCCAGCACAUGGAGCUCGUUCAGGAUCUAGCACGAGAGUUUAACAAGAAGUAUGGGGAGUUCUUCCCGGUGCCCAGGUCCAUUCUAAAAUGCAAGGUGCCAUGGAAAGAAUCUCUGAGGAGAAAAACUAGGGGACUUGUGAUAACUUCCAAGGAGCAAAGCCCUCACAGGUGAGGGUGGGCUUGUGAUCAUUCUGCUCUGGUUACCUUUGCAAGUGACCUGAGGACUCAUCAAAUCCAAAAUCCGCAGCCAUGGCUGAGAGACAUGCCAGUGAUCUCAGGAAGUUGAUAAAUGAGCCAAGUUGAGAACCUAGACGUCUUUUCCCUCCUUUCCACCUACCAUUUACAGGCCUCAGCAGAGUCUUUUCAUCAAGAUGAAGAAUCAGAGAGACAUCUAACUUGUGGCCCACCUCAAAAGGUGAUUUUAAUUGUCAUUUCCCAUAUGUUUUGUAGAGAGUUGAAAUGAUGAAAGAUAUUUCACAUGGCAGUAACAAUGGGCAGGUAACUUCGUGUUCUGACAAACCCCAUUUCAAACCCAGUUUGACAGACUGUCACUUAGAACACAUGGGGGUAUCUUGUCCUAUGUAGGCACCUCAUAAAUGUUUCUCAAAAUAGUGUCCAAAAAUGGGCUAGAGGUUUCUCUUAAGGUGUGGGUUGCUUGUUUUUUUCAGAAACCUUAGAGGUGCUGAUCCUCAAACACUACAUAACACUAUUGAGUUGUCACAUGUAUCAGGCACCCUACCGAAUGUCUUAGAACGGUGUUUCCCACAUGUGGUUCCCUGCCCUGUGCAUGAACACGACUGGGCAACUUCCCUGGCUCUACCCCAGACCUACUGAAUCAGAAAUGUGGGGGAUGAACGCAGCAAUCUGUGUUUUAACAACCUUCCGGGUGAUUCUGAUCAUAAUAAACUUUGAGAACCACUGCUUUAUAUGUAUUCUCUCAUUUAAUUCUCAAAACCCAAUCCUAGUAUCAGUCUUGUAUUACUAAGAAUGAGACCGAGGCACGGGAGUGCUCAGUACGUGCUCACUAGCCUCAGGGACUAAUGGCUAGCAUGUUGGACAGUGUGGCUAGAGAAUAUUUCCAUCAUCACAGAAAUGUCCAUUGGACACUGCCGGGUGAAGACAUUCAGCUUGCUGAUUUUGCUUGUAGUAGCUCAAACACAUACAGGUCAGAUACUACUCAGCACUUGCUCUCUGCAGGGCACUUUGUGUGUUUAUAUGUGCUAUCUCAUUUCAUAUUUCUGUCAGGCUAUAACAUAGGAACGAUUAGUGCUGCUCUUUCAAGUAAAUAAAGAUUCGGCCACUUGCAUAAAUUCACACAUUGAUUAUUACUCACUAGUAUCUCCGAGUUAGGAACCCACUGAUACCCCUUAACUGGUGUGCCCAAGGGAAUGGUCUGCCCCUUCUUGACCAGUCUAGGCUCUUCUCUCGGCACUUGUGAGCCUCUCCUGUGUGUCCCGUGACCUUAGCCCUCGCUUCUCCCUCCCUGCCUCCCUUCCUCCUACCUGUGCGUCUUGCUUCAAUGCUCCUGCAGUUAUCCCCAAAAGUUCUUCAUUUGUGCACAUGGCACAGUCUAGUUGGCUUUCUCCUGCAACCUUUACUUUCCUCUAGUUCAUGCGGUCAAGGGCUGUGUGCCUGUGUCACUAGUGAAAGGGGGUGACUGUGCCAUGUGGUGGUUCUUGGUCUCUUUGUCUUUAACAUGACAACUCUGGGGAUG